GAUACACAACCUGCUAAUCACAGGCACUCCAGGAGUUGGGAAAACGACACUGGGAAAGGAACUGGCAUCCAGGACUGGAAUGGUCUACAUCAGCGGGGGGGGCUUGGCCAAAGAAGGAGAGCUCUACGAAGGCUUCGACGAGGAGUACGAGUGCCCGAUCCUGGAUGAGGACAGGGUGGUCGAUGAGCUGGAGGACAGGAUGGGCGAGGGAGGAGUCAUUGUGGACUACCAUGGCUGCGACUUCUUCCCCGAGCGCUGGUUCCACAUCGUGUUCGUGCUCCGCACGGACAACUCCUUCCUCUACGACAGGCUGGAGAGCAG